GUCGGAGCUCCCGAAGAUGGCGGCGCCGAUGAAUCAACAGCAGCAGUUGGCGGCGGCUCAGGCCCAGCAGCAGCUCGUUCAGGCGCAGCAACUGGCGGCGGCACAAGCCCAGGCCCAGGCCCAGGCUCAGGCUCAGGCUCAGGCUCAGGCAGGUCAGCCGGCGCUCGCCCAGCAGCAACAACAACAACAACAGGCUCAGCAGCAGGACGACCCUGUGGCCAAGUUCAAGCUGCUGAUCCCACAGUUGAAGGACUCGCUGCAGAAUCUAAUGAGGAUUGCAGCUCAAAACUUGUCCCAAAACACAACUAUUGAUAAUGGACAGAAGAGCAGUGAUACUGCAUUGCAGCGCUUCGAUAAGAGUUUAGAGGAAUUCUACGCUCUAUGUGACCAGGUGGAACUGUGUCUGAGGCUGGCUUUCGAAUGUCUAUCCCAGAGCAUUGACAGUGCUAAACACUCGCCCAACCUGGUUCCCACUGCAACCAAGCCUGACACAGUGCAGACAGAGAGUCUGUCAUACACUCAGUACCUCAGUAUGAUCAAGUCACAGAUCUCCUGUGCCAAAGACAUUCAUAAUGCCCUCUUGGAGUGUUCAAAAAGGAUUGCCAGCAAGGGGCAGAUGUGAACGGCGAUAGUGUCUGCAGUCAGAUUCUGGGUCCUCUGGAGUUGGCAUUUCCAUGAACCUCUGCUGUAUCACCAUGAUUUUGUCUGAGUGGUUGGAUGUAAAGGGAUCUGCUAGUCAACCCCUUCUCUGAAGUUUCGUGCUUAACAUUCUGUGCUGUGGUCUGUUCCCAGUUACUCAGUGGGGUUAGGGCCAUGUGUGCUAUGAGUGAUCCUAUUCCAUCUUUCAGAGUGAUACUGUAUGUUCAUUCUUUUAAAUAUGUUUGUGUCUGACUCCACAUCAGUAUAUUCUCAUUUGGCAACUUCCAGCUCGUAAUUGCAAAGAGCUGUGUACAUGGGACUGAGACUGUAGUAGGGUAGUAGUCCAUUAGAGGAUGACAGCAAAUUCAGGUUUGACGAAUUCUUCUCCUUUAAAGGAAAGGAAUGUUAGCCUUUCAGCUCUGUGAGCCUUUUCCACUAUUCUUUUAGAUCACAGCUGCCCUGCUUCUUAAUUCCAUUUGCUGCAUUCUGAUUCUAUGCUGACUUGGUAAACCUGUUGGUCUCCGCUGUGGAAGCUGUAGUACACAUCUGGCAUCCUUACUCUUAGGGAAGGUUUCCUUGCCCCCUUGUAUGAAAUUGUGAGCUGAUUGGCCAAGGCCUGAGCCCCUAAUUCUCUCAAUCCACCCUACCAGCAAAUACAAGGCUUUGUAAGGUUAACUUCAGCACGGUUUCCACAAGGUAUCCUUGUGAUUUACUCCUGUCACAUUAAUGCAGUCUGACUUUCCAUCACCUAUGUUUCCAGGGGUUGAUAAUGGGGACAUCCUGCGAUCUCAUUCCUGCAGUGCAUUUGUUUUCCUGAUGUAUUGAUAACGAGUUCACUGUUGUGAAAUAAAUGACUAAAGGCUGGGAACAGCAGGGUGACCUUGGGGUCAGUCCCAGUCUGCUGUUUACAUUCCGUGAAUGACUGCUGACUGGUUCAUACUUAACUCUUGUGCAAGAGGGACUGACUCUUAAGUAAUGAUCGGUUUAACUUGGUCUGAUUACAGACAGCAGGUAGUGCUGGGGAAGUUUCAAACUCAUUUCUCUUAUAAAGUGUCUUUGUGAUAUUAUUUAUAUAAAAUGAUUUGUGUAAGUUUCCUAUUACAUCUGUGUGUGCCACAGUAGCGUAAUGGUUAGCACAAUGCUAUUACAGCUCGGGUACCCGGAGUUUGUGGUCUGUAUGAGAAUAAGUGAGUUCCCCAGCUGCUCUGGUUUCAUCCCACAGUGCAAAAGUGUACUGGGGAGGUUCAUUGGUUAUUGUGAAUAGGUUAUGGAUUGUUGGGGGUUUCUGGGCAGCAUGGCUUGAAGGGUCUAAUCUGUGCUGUAUCACUAAAUAAAUAAAUAAGGGAUCAUCUUUGAUGUUGGUGAUAUCUAUACGAUUGAUAAUGACUUGAAAAUGUGUGAAUUUAUGGAGGAUUUAAUCCUUCUUUCUACAAUGUGAUAGAAAGGAUGUGAUAUCCUUUCAUGUACUAUUCAUUCGUCCCCUCCUUGAUCUGUUUGCAGCCUAUUGAUAUGUUUGGCUGCACUGUGGUUAAAAAUUAAAGAUUGGCUUUUAUUUGUCACAUGUAUAUCAAAAAUGCAUCGUUUGUGUCAAAUCAAAUCAGUAAGGAUUGUUCUGGGGGCAGUCUGCAAGUGUCACCACGCUUCCGUACAUCUUUGGAAUCUGGGAGGAAACUGGAGCACCCGGAGGAAACCCAUGGGGAGAACAUACACAUUCCGUACAGACAACAGCAGCAGGAAUUGAACUCUGAUCUUACAGUCAGCACGGUAAUAAUGUUACACCAAUUGCUAAGCUACCCUGCCACUGUAUUAUUCCUCCCAUGCCCAGUGGGAUAGGAUUGCAUUUUCUUGUUACCUUUCUUGCCAGUCAAACAUUUGCCGUGUGAGUGUGGAGACAGGGCUGGUGGUGAUAUGUAUGUAGUUGUACCACUGUGAGAUCAUGAUAUGAUCGUAUUUCCAAGUCAGGCUGUGAGCUUGUGGCUAUUUGUGUGUGUGAGAGAGACAGAGAAAGACAGUGUGAUCCUAUUUUCAUUUUGUUGGUGUGCAAGUUUGUUUCUAUAUCUCCUACAUGUCACUCUGUGUGUGUACUCCCCAAUUCCCUGAAGGUGUGAUUUCUUGUGGUUUCUGUAUUGCCAUGUUUCAGUGUCAUUGUGUGAACAUUUGUGUAUAUAUUUCUGUUUCUUUCUGUGUGUGUGUGCGUGAGUGUGUAUAUAUGUGUGUGUACAUUUGUGUUUUGUUUCUCCAAAAGCAACAUGGGAAUCAGCCCUGCAGCAUUAAAGGAACCAGGUGAGUUUUAAGAAAGAAUUUGAUUUAGACAAAGAGCUGGGGAAUUCACAAGGUGUCUUGCAGAUGAGUAAAACAGUAAGUACUGUAAAACUCUGAUAAUCCAAUGUGUUCAGACCUUUACUGAGCGGCAGAUUUUCUGGACUAUUGGAUGAUAUUAAUACAUCAACACAAUUAAUUCACAUCUUUUAGC